UAAAGAAGCUAUGUUUCCCGCCGGGCCUGAGCGAGAAAUCGCUGACAAACAUCCUGCAGAAUUCCGAGGGUAUGGAGGAACUGACCGUGACUGCACCCUCCGACUCAACGGGGCAGUGGGUGCGACUACUUCCACCGUCCUUGGGAAGGCUGGACGUUUUCGGAUCGAGGGAGACGGGGGAGCCGCUGACACGUCUGGGCAGACGGCUCGGCCAUGGGCUGGUGGUCGUCAUACAAAGGGCGGGAGAUGACGUCAUCAACCAGCUGGCCAAGGAGCUGGGACCACGGGUUACCGCGCUGCACAUGUUCUGCUGCCCGCGUGUCACUGCCGGGGCCCUACAGAGGCUGCUGUCCGCCCUCACCGGCCUGGAAGACGUCACACUUGACGGCUCUCUGUCCGGCGCAAUCACUGACGCCUCACUGGCCGCCCUCCACGGCUGCUCCCAGCUGCGUAUAAUGCAGCUGGGACAGCGCAGUGCACUCUGUACGGAUAUACCGGUCACAGCGGUCAGCAGACUGGUGGUUACCUGUCGGAGACUGGAGCGGCUGCUCUUUUACGCAACGGAGGACCUCAGUCAGUCGGUCCUGGACGCCCUGGUCAAGGCAGAUCUAGGGAAAGGAGAUGACGGCACGCCAAGAACACUGAGUUUCCAGGUCCUAGCACCCGUCUAUGAGAAGCUGAGAAAUCCGCCGUCCACCAGCAGCAUCAAAGUGGUGAAGGCUACCUAGGAGUAUCAUUCGAAAAUACCACGCCGACUCAGAAUGCGCCUGCAGCAGUCAUCCUCAGUAAGCUCUGUUCUGGUGAUAUUGCAUGUAGUUCCUUCCAUGGACAGGAGGGAACACACAGGUGGCAGCACCAUACAUAGCGGUAUCACCACCAGAUGGCAGCAGCUUACCAUGGAUAAAGCCCACAGUUGCUAACCAAGAGACGGACAACGGGGAGUUAACUUCAGGCACAGUAAAUUGGUGUUGAAUAUACAAUAUUUGCACCGUAUACGUAUUGUUGUAACGGCCGGUGCAUUCUAGUUCCGAUCAGUGUAC